AUGAAACGAAAGAUGCCGCAGCUAUUAGGUUAAUCAAUGAAAAAAAGCAUUCAUAGCUCUAGUGGCAGUAUACAAGUGCCAAGAGGUUCAAGAGCAAGCACUAUCAAAACACUAGUAAGGAAAAAAACCACUAAAAUCAACUUUGAAGAGGUAAUGACUCAAAUGGAGAAAAAGAACUCAGCUAACUUCUUCGAUAAUCUUCCAACGAUAUCAUACUCGCCAAGAGCUCCUGGAUGGAAUGACAUAUUUAAAGGGCUGCUCUCUCCUAAUGCUAAAUAGUAUAAAAACUAUUUGAAGCCUAUUAUUGAGAAGCUAAAAGAUGAUAAGAGAGAAAAAGUUGUAGUAUAAGAGAUACCUACUCCUUAAGAAGAGGAGGAGGAAGAAGUAGAAGUAGAAGAAGAGGAGGAGAAUAAGUCAGAUAGCUAUUCAAAUGAAUCAAAGAAAAAGAUUAAUUCAUUAAAACUUGAAGAACCCUCAUCAAAUACUUAAUAACUAACUAUUAAAAAAGAUAAGGGAUUAUCAAGAUCACUCGAUAUAGACCCAAAUUACGCAAAAUCUAAGUACUUCAUUAAAAUGAUUCUAACAGAUACUCACAUCAAAUCUUAAAUGAUUAAGGAGUUUAAGGUAAGGAGAAAGAGUUGCUGUUGCAAGGAUUGUAAAGUAAGAGCAAUAAAAGGAGCAGAACUUAAAGAUCCUCUCUCAGCACACCUCCAUGCGGAUGAAAUAAAAGUUAAUCAUAAUAUACUUGAGAAGUUUAGAAGAAAUGUUAUACUAGCAUUGCAGCAAAAAAGACUAUAAGAUGAGAUAGAACUUAGAGCAAUGCUUGCUGCAAAACAAAAGAAAAAGUUAUCCUAACCAGGAUUAAAUCUACUUAGAAGCAAGACUUAAUCCAAAAUAAAUAUUAUGUCGAGAUCUGCCACUAAGAAAAAUAUGUCACCAAUUAAAGAGUCUUUUAAUCCAUUUUCUUGCAAUAAUGGCGAAUCAAAAAUAUCUCUAUUUGCUAUUCCCAAAAAGAAUGAUAUAAAAUAGAAAAAUGUGAUUAUAGAGAAGGAAUCCUUCAGUGAUAGCAUUAGGACAAUGACAAAUGCUGAAGAUUCCAAAGCUAUGAAUACAAAGCGCGAUAAUGCAAAUAAGUUAGAAGAGGAGUAAUUAGAUGAUAAAAGGAUGGAAUAAAUAAAGUAGAAUUAGGUUUUAGUUACUGAUUUCAACCUUAAUGUUGGUAGUCCAAAAAAUCAAUAUAAUAUCGACAACAACAGUGUCAGUCCAAAAAAUGGAGCACUCACAUUCAAUCAUUAGGCUAGCAAAUUAAGUAAAAAUGCUGGGUCUAGAAGAGGUAGUGUAAGAAAAGCCUCGUUUUCCUUCUUUGGGCAAUUAAAUAUAAAUACAAAACCUUAAACUGAUAUGCUAUAAUCUGCUGCCACACAAGCACUAAUUGUAAACAAUCCAGAUGAGGAACUUACAGAGGAGCAAGAAAGACUUGCAAAGAGAGUAUUAAAGUUUUUUUAUUCGUAAAAAACUAUGGUCAAAUAUUAGAGAACUGAUUACUUUGAAGAGGAUAAAUCAUAACUUACCACUGAUAAAUCAGAAUCUGGAAAAGAAUCUCCAAAGAAACCUCACAUGCUUUUCAGCAUAAUAAACAAGCAUAAUUAGUUUAUGGACUAAAGACUAUAAAAUUUUGAGUAGCAAAGUAGAAAUAGGUUUUUUGGAAAGAGAAAUUCAAAUGAUUAGAAAAACGAUUAAUAGUAGGACCUAAGAACUCCACAAACUUGUGAAUCCUUACAUUACCAAUCUGUCAAAUUAAACAACAAUAAUUUAGCGUUCUAAUCCUGCAUUUCGUAAUUUGAUUAGCAUAAUAAGAGGUAGAAAUAGCCCUCUCGAUAAUCAUCUAGAACAUCUGUUCUAAAGAUAUACUAGCACGCUACUUCAUGCAAUACAUAAUAUUUGAAAAACACUCCAAAUGCACCAUCUCCUGAUGCUUAAUCAUUAAGAAAGGUGUAAUUACUAACUAGACUUAAAAAGACUACUAUUUAAAAUUUGAGAGGUCUUAAAGAUAUCAAUAAAAAUCAUAUGUUAAAGGAGUUUAAGUAAAUAAAUAGUGAUAAGAAGCUUCCUUUUCUAAGAUAGACUUAUUCCUUAAUAAAUCUAAACCAUCUUAGUCAAAACAAUAAUAAAAUUUGA